AUGUCAAACAGUGGACCUCAGCCUGACACAGCUGACCCAGCAGCCAAGCAGUCAUGGAAGACAAGCAUAGAUAGCAAAGGAGCAUUUAUUAGAAAAGAAUCUCAGUUUCGAAACUGGAUCACAGCUGAUGGGUCAUCAGGUUUCAAAGCAGAGGCUGACAGGUACCACUUGUAUGUCUCUCUGGCUUGUCCGUGGGCACAUCGAGCUCUCAUUGUCCGCACUUUGAAAGGUCUUGAUGAUGUCAUAUCAGUCACUGUUGUUGACUGGUUGCUGGAAUCUAGAGGAUGGGCAUUUACAGAUAAAAAACCAAAAUGUGACCUUGACAGAGUCAAUGGAUGCAGCUAUCUGCGAGAGGUCUAUGAGAAAAGUGUUAAGGAUUACACUGGAAAUGUCACAGUUCCUUGUCUAUGGGAUAAACAAACAAGCACUGUGGUCAACAAUGAAUCCAGUGAGAUAAUCAGAAUGCUCAACAGUGAGUUCCAGACCUUCUGUAAGACACCGGAACAACGUAAUUUGGACCUGUAUCCUGAAGCACUGAGAUCAGAGAUUGAUGCUCUAAAUGCUUGGAUUUACCCGCAGAUCAAUAAUGGUGUCUAUCAGAGUGGCUUUGCUAAAUCUCAGGAAGCCUACAAUGCAGCAGUAUCAGAUCUCUUCAAUGGUCUGGAUAAG